AUGGGUAAAGGUGGUGGGACACAAAUACCACUAUGGAUAUCAAUCCUAGCCCUGGUCUUCAUACAGAUCAAAGUUCAAGCCCAGGGUGGUGAACAACCAACAAAGUCAGAGUAUGUUUCUCCAUCUCUCCUGCAGCGACAAAAAUCUUUCAAAUCCCAAGGAGUGACAAUCAUUCCACCUUUUCAAAACACACUGAAAGUAAAGGCUGGCAACCCCUCUCACAAUGGCCGUGUGUGCAGCACAUGGGGUAACUUCCACUUCAAGACCUUUGAUGGGGACAUCUUUUACUUCCCUGGGGUCUGCAAUUACAUCUUUGCAUCCAACUGCAAGUCUUCCUACGAGGACUUCAACAUCCAGAUUAGGCGUGCCAUGGUGGAAAAUACUACUGUGAUCACUCAUGUCAUCAUGAAGCUGGAAGGAGUAGUGAUUGAACUGACCCCCAGCUCUGUCCUGCUUGACAACAAACUGGUCCAGAUGCCCUACAGCCAUAUGGGAGUCUUUAUAGAGAGAAGUAACAACUAUUUGAAAGUUUCUGCCAAGCUGGGACUGACCUUCCUUUGGAAUGGACAAGAUGCCCUCCUGGUGGAACUAGAUAAGAAAUAUGCAAAUCAAACUUGUGGACUUUGUGGGGACUUCAAUGGAAUUCCAGUCAGCAAUGAAUUUAUUUCAGGGAAGACAAGACUGACCCCCAUACAGUUUGGUAAUAGGCAGAAGAUGGAUGGUCCCACAGAGCAGUGUGAUGAUCCUAUUCCUCCUACUUCUCUGAUGAACUGCUCAAGAGAAUUUGCCUCUAUCUGUGAGACAGUAUUAACCAGCAAAGCAUUUACAAGUUGUAACGUGCUUGUGAAUGUCCAGGACUACAUUGAAACUUGCAUACAAGACCUGUGCCACUGUGACAGCUCUAUGGCUGACUUCUGCAUGUGCAACACCUUUGCUGAGUACUCCCGGCAGUGUGCUCAUGCAGGUGGACAGCCCCAGAACUGGAGAACCUCAGACCUGUGCCCCAAAUCAUGUCCAUUCAACAUGCAAUACCAUGAGUGUGGCUCUCCCUGCUCCGACACGUGCAGCAACCCGGAACGAUCUGCACUUUGUGAAGAUCACUGUACAGACGGCUGCGUCUGUCCUCCAGGAAUGGUAUUUGAUGAUGUUAAUGGUGCUGGCUGCAUUCCCCGCAGAGAAUGCCACUGUACCUAUGAAGGUGAAACUUAUGCUCCUGGUGCCUCCUUCUCAUCUAAAUGCAGAUCAUGUACCUGUGUUGGAGGUGAAUGGUCUUGUGUCACUCAGUCAUGCCCUGGGACUUGCAGUAUUGAAGGAGGUUCCCACAUUUCAACAUUUGAUGAGAAAUACUAUUCCUUCUUUGGAGACUGUAGUUAUGUCCUAACCAAGCUCUGUGACAGCAAUGAAUUCACAGUGCUGGGGGAUAUCCACAAGUGUGGCCUGACUGACACUGAGACAUGCCUCAAGGGUGUCGCCAUCAGCCUAAACGGGGGACAAACGAACAUUGUGAUCCAGCCUUCUGGGAGUGUAUUUGUGAAUAUGAUCUACACACAGUUACCAUUCUCAGCAGCAAACGUCACCAUCUUCAGGCCUUCAUCUUUCUUCAUAAUUCUGCAAACAACUUUUGGUCUUCAGCUACAGGUUCAACUCGUGCCUUUAAUGCAAGUUUUUAUAGACUUGGACCCAUCACAUAAAGGACAGACCUGUGGUCUCUGUGGAAACUUCAAUGAUGUACAGACAGAUGAUUUCAAAACCACCAGUGGUGUGAUAGAGGGCACUUCAGCUGCCUUUGGCAAUACUUGGAAAACUCGGGCUGAUUGUCCUGAUGCCAAAAAUACCUUUGAGGACCCCUGUACUGUCAGCAUACAAAAUGACCAGUAUGCUCAGCACUGGUGUGGACAGCUCUCUGAUACCACAGGACCUUUUGCUGAAUGUCACUCAACAGUGAAUCCAGAAGUUUAUCAAAAGACCUGCAUGUUUGACACAUGUAACUGUGAGAAGAGUGAGGACUGCAUGUGUGCUGCCCUUUCCAGCUAUGUCAGAGCCUGUGCUGCUAAAGGAGUUGUUCUCACUGGAUGGAGGAGCAAAGCCUGCACAAAAUACACCACCUUGUGUCCGAAGUCCUUGAAGUACACCUACAAUGUUGAUUCCUGUCAACCCACCUGCCGCUCUCUGAGUGAGCCUGAUGUCACAUGCAGCAUCAAGUUUGUCCCAGUUGAUGGCUGUACCUGCAUAAAUGGAACCUACAUGGAUGACAGUGGCAAAUGUGUGCCUGCUUCUAGCUGUCCUUGUUACUACAAAGGAACGCCUCUGUCUUCUGGAGAAGUUGUUCAUGAUAAUGGUGUUGUCUGCACUUGUGCCUAUGGAAAGCUGAGCUGCAUUGGAGAGAAGCCUGAACCAGUCUGUGUGCCUCCCAUGGUUUAUGUUGACUGUGGCAAUGUCACUGCAAAUGUGGUAGGAGCAGGAUGCCAGAAAAGUUGUCAGACUCUAGAUAUGGAAUGUUACAAAACUCACUGUGUCUCUGGCUGCGUGUGUCCUCAUGAUCUAGUGUUGGAUGGCAAAGGUGGCUGUAUUGCUCCAGAAGACUGUCCAUGUAUUCACAAUGGAAAUUCCUACAGUCCAGGAGAAUCAAUCAGAGUUGGCUGUAACAACUGCACAUGUAGAAACAGAAAAUGGCAAUGCUCUGAGGAACCCUGCCUGGAAACAUGCUCUGUUUAUGGAGAUGGGCAUUAUACCACCUUUGAUGGCAAACGUUUUGACUUUGAAGGAGACUGUGAAUAUGUUCUGGUCCAGAACUACUGUGGUCAACAAGCUAUGAACCAGGGAACCUUCAGAGUCAUCACUGAGAACAUUCCAUGUGGCACUACAGGAACUACCUGCUCUAAGUCUAUUAAAGUUUUCCUGGGUAACUAUGAGCUGGUACUCAGUGAUGGACACUCUGAUGUCAUCCAGAGAACACCUGGAGGAAAAAUGCCAUUCCAAAUCCGUUCCAUGGGCAUCUACCUGGUUGUUGAUACUACUGUUGGUCUGAUACUCAUGUGGGACAAGAAAACCAGUAUAUUCAUCAAACUUAGUCCCAGCUUUCAGGGCCAUGUCUGCGGACUUUGUGGAAACUAUGAUGGCAAUGGAAAUAAUGACUUCACGACUCGCAGUCAGUCUGUGGUAGGAAAUGUGCUGGAGUUUGCCAAUAGCUGGAAAGUAUCUUCUAGUUGCCCAAAUGCCAAUCGUACGCAGGAUCCAUGCACUGCAAACCCAUACAGGAAAGCCUGGGCACAGAAGCAAUGCAGCAUCAUCACCAGUGAAGUGUUUGCAAAGUGUCACUCACAGGUUGAACCAAAUGAAUAUUACCAAGCAUGUGUGGAUGAUGCUUGUGCCUGUGACACUGGAGGAGACUGCGAAUGUUUCUGCACAGCAGUAGCUGCCUACGCUCAAGCAUGUAAUGAGCUAGACAUCUGCAUAUCAUGGAGAACCCCAUCCAUUUGUCCUCUCUUCUGUGAUUACUAUAAUCCACAAGGGGAAUGUGAGUGGCACUACAAGCCAUGUGGGGCACCUUGUAUGAAGACCUGCAAUAAUCCAAGUGGGAAUUGCCUUCAUGAGAUGAGGGGUUUGGAAGGUUGCUAUCCAAAAUGUCCAAAGAAUAAGCCCUAUUUUGAUGAGGAAACCAUGACCUGUGUUUCUUAUUGCGGUUGUUAUGAAGAUGGAAAAAAUUACAAACCAGGAAUGGAGAUGCCUUCAAAGCAGAACUGUGAAUCAUGCGAAUGUACAAUUCAUGGCAAAAAAUGCAGAUAUGAUGAGCAUGAAUGUGUCUGCAUUUAUGAGGGGCAGAAGUACAACUACAAAGAUGUGGUCUACAACACUACAGAUGGCACAGGAUGGUGUAUUGUUGCAACCUGCGGUCCCAAUGGAACACUUGAAAGGUUUAUGCAUGAAUGUCUAACCUCAACAUCACCCACAACAGCAACGACGUUUCAUUUCAGCUCUACACCACCUACCACUACUUCCACAGUGUCACCAACUACAUCAGUAUGUGUUCAUGAAGUCUGUAAGUGGUCUGAAUGGUAUGACGGGAGUCUACAAACCCCUGGCUAUGAUGGGGGAGAUUUUGAAACUUUUGAUGAUUUACGAGCAAAAGGUUAUGAAGUUUGUCAAGCCCCAAAGGCCGUUGAAUGCAGAGCAGAAAAGUUCCCUGAUAUACCACUGAAAGACCUUGGACAAAAAGUAGAAUGCAGUACGACACAAGGGCUUAUAUGUUACAACAAGGAACAAAUUUCAACAAUGUGCAACAACUACGAAAUUAGAAUCCUCUGCUGUGUAUUUGUACCAUGCUCUUCCAUGCCUUUCAGCACAUCAACCCCAGUCACACCUCCAACUCCGACAGAAACAUCUACUGAAACAACAUAUUCAGUUACUACUGAAAGUACAACAUUGAUACCUUCACCUACUGAAGAAACAACUAUAACAACAACACCUGUCACCACACCUCCUUCAACAACUCACCUUUGUUUCAAAGAAAAAUGUUACUGGUCAAGAUGGUACGAUGUCAGUUAUCCAGGGUCAGGUUACAAUGAUGGAGACUUUGAUACGAUAGAGAACAUUGAAAAAAACGGAUACAAAGUCUGCAACAAUAGAAAGGAUGUAGAAUGUAGAGCAGUACGGUUCCCUAAUACACCAUAUCCUCUACUAGAGCAACACAUAACAUGCAACAGAGAAGAAGGGUUGAAAUGUUACAAUAAAGAUCAACUGCCACCAAUCUGCUAUAAUUAUGAAUUAAGAUUUAAAUGCUGUAUGAAUAUAACAGUGCCAUGUGAAACAACACCUGAAAUUUGGACCACAACACCACCAACUAAUAUUCCAUCAAGUACAACACCCAGACACGAACCAACGACACUAAGUUUGCAAACAAAACACAAGACAACAACAGAAUACACAGUUGAACCAAAAACAGAUUACAUACACACAAGAAUAACAUCAAAACCAACGACGCAAACUCAAAAAGAAAUUACUACUACUACACCAGUGAUAACCAGCAGAACAACAUAUUCAACUACCACCCCCUGUGAACCCGAAGUGUGCACCUGGAGCGAAUGGUACGACGUCGAUUUCCCCUCCUCGGGGCCCAACCAGGGAGACUUUGAAACCUACCAGCACAUCCGCGCCGCCGGCAAGCGGAUCUGCCGGCAGCCAAAGCAGAUCGAGUGCCAGGCAGAGGACUACCCCGACGUGGCCAUCCAGCACGUGGGACAGGUGGUGCAGUGCGACAUCCACUUUGGACUGGUGUGCAAGAACGAGGACCAGACGGGCAAAUUCAAGAUGUGCCUCAACUACAAGAUCCGCGUGCUCUGCUGCACCCCCAACUACAACUGCCCAUUCUCCACUCUUUCGACUACCACCAGCACUUCCACCUUUUCUACCCUUAGUGAACCGUUCUUUACAACAACUUCUCCUCUAAUUUCAACUACACCAUGUUUCUGCAAGAUUGGUGAUUCUAUUUUUUCACCCGGUGACUUGAUUUAUAACAGACUUGAUAGCGAAGGAUGUCGUUUUUAUGCCAUCUGUAGCCCGACAUGUAAUAUUGAACGACACAGUGUACAUUGUCCUGUCACUACUUUGCCAGCUACCACAUCCUCGGAGUGGUCUACAGUAACAACAACAGUUCCUCUGCCUUCCACCUCUACACGUCCUCCUUUUCAUGGUUGUGUUUCCACUCUUUACCCUCCUUUACAACCUGGAGAAAGAUUCAAAUUAUCCAACUGUACUGAAGUCGUCUGCAAUGGAGACAACAAUAUAGAUGUAGUACCAACGUACUGCCCACCUGUUAAGGAAAUUACCUGUGCAAACAAAUAUCCACCAAUGCUGGUACCUGAUGAAAAUGGAUGCUGUUACCGAUAUGAGUGUCAAUGUGUGUGUAGUGGAUGGGGUGAUCCUCAUUACAUUACUUUUGAUGGAACCUAUUAUACCUUCCUUGAAAACUGCACUUACGUCCUGGUGAAACAGAUUGUCCCCAGAUAUGACAACUUCCGUGUUUACAUUGACAAUUAUUACUGUGAUGCAAAAGAUGGACUCUCCUGCCCUAAAUCCAUUAUUAUUUUCUACAAAUCUGCAGAAGUGGUGCUGACUCGUCAACUCAUGAAUGGUGUGAUGACCAAUGUGAUGUACUUCAACAAAAAGAUUGUUGAACCGGGCUUCAAAAAAGAUGGCAUUUCUUUCUCCACUCUUGGCAUCAAUAUGAUUGUUGAAAUAGAAGAAAUUGGUGCUGUCAUCACCUUUAGUGGUCUGAUUUUCUCUGUCAAGCUCCCAUACAGCAAAUUCGGCAACAACACCGAGGGACAAUGUGGAACAUGUACAAACAAUAAAGCAGAUGAAUGCCGCUUACCAAGUGGUAAGAUCAUUUCUUCCUGUCCCCAAAUGGCUCAUCACUGGAUUGUUGACAACAACAAGUCAUGCCAUGGAGUACCAAUACCACCAGCUAUAACCACACCUCCACCAAAGCCGCAGUGUCAAACACCUCCGCUCUGCAAACUUAUCCUGAGCGAGGUUUUUGCAGAAUGUCAUACUGUGAUACCACCAGAACCAUUUUUCAAGGGCUGUGUUUUUGAUGGAUGUCGCAUAGAUGAUGAAUUCAUGCAGUGUUCCAGUUUGGAGAUAUAUGCUACAGAGUGUGCUGCUAGAGGUGUCUGCAUUGACUGGAGAGGAAUGACCAACAAUACAUGUUCAUUCAGCUGUCCAUCAAGCAUGGUAUACAAGCCAUGUGGGCCCAUUAACCCAGUUACCUGUGACCAAAGCUAUGAGCGUCCUGGCUAUGGAGUAACUGAAGGCUGUUUCUGUCCUGAAGGAAUGACACUCCUGCAUACAGAGAGCAACAUCUGUGUCUCUGAAUGCUUCUGCAGAGAACCAAAUGGAAUGUCCAGAUGGCCAGGAGAAAAAUGGACAAAAGAUUGCCGGGAAUGUGUCUGUGACAAAAAUACUCUUAAGGUGAAGUGCACAAGGCACGAAUGUUCUCUGACACAGCAAGUAUUUUGUGAAGAACCAGGUUACAUGGCUGUUCAGAUACCAAUACCAGAAGAUCCAUGCUGUACUAGGACCGAAUGCUACUGCAACACAAGCCUCUGCACUGACAUCACACCCCAGUGCUUAGAGGGACAGGAAAUAAUCACUAUAAUGCCACCUGGAAACUGCUGUCCUAUCUUUGAAUGCAGACAGGGCUGUGUAGUCAACGAAACCUAUUAUGCACCUGGAGCUGCCAUUCCAUCAGGCCCCUGUGAAGAAUGUACCUGCUCUGCAUCCUCUCCCUCAAGGCCUCACCACCUUACGGUCACGUGCCAGCCUGUCAUCUGUGACACAUACUGCCCGCUGGGCUAUAAAUACACUGUGGAACCCGGACAGUGCUGUGGCACGUGCAAGGCAGCAGCUUGUGUAGUGACUGUGGGAGACAACAUUACACAUGUGCUCCAUGAAGGAGAACAAUGGAAUCCACCUGGUGAUAACUGUACUGUUUACACAUGUGAAAAACAUGCUGACCAGUUCAUUCAAGUCAUCAAAGAGGCAAGCUGUCCUGCCUUUAACUAUGAUGAGUGUGAUCCAGAUGAUAUCAGGUUAUCUGAAGAUGGCUGCUGUUUAGUGUGCCGAAGAGUACCAAAACUUUGUAUGAAGUACAAUAUGACUACUGUCAUCAACUAUCAUGGCUGUGUAUCUCCUGCACCUGUUGAGAUCACAUACUGUGAAGGCAGCUGUGAUGCUUACUCACGAUAUUCUCAAACUACAAACACAAUGGUGCACAAAUGCUCGUGUUGUCAGGAAAUCAAGACCAGCAAGAGGAAGGUGACUCUGAUGUGCAGUGAUGGAACCUCCCUUGAUCACUCCUACACCUAUGUGGAGAAAUGCAGCUGUGUGGGUGCUGAGUGCAUUACCCAAGGCAACACCCAACAGGAGACACAGCAGACAAAGACCUCUCAGGAGCAAGCAAAUGUCAAAAAUUAG